CCGAGAUGAAGCUCCUCGUGCUGGCUGUUCUGCUUACAGUGGGCGCUGGUGAGCGCGGCAUCAGCCCGCGGGCAGUGUGGCAGUUCCGCAAAAUGAUCCAGUGCACGAUCCCCGGUAGUCACCCCUUGUUGGAAUACAACAACUACGGCUGCUACUGUGGCCUGGGCGGAUCUGGCACUCCUGUGGAUGAACUGGACGCGUGCUGCCAGACACACGACGAGUGCUACAGUCAAGCCAAGAAACUGGACAGCUGUACAUUCCUGGUGGACAACCCCUACACUGAAAAUUACUCAUACUCGUGCUCUGGCUCUGAGAUCACCUGUAGCAGCACUAACGACCCCUGUGAGGACUUUAUCUGUAACUGCGACCGAACUGCUGCCAUCUGCUUUUCGAAGGCCUCAUACAGCUCGGAGAACAAGGAUCUGGACAGCAAGUACUGUCAGGACUGAGUAUCGCCUCUGGAAAGAGUCGUCCCUACCUGCCUCAUGGCCUUCUCCUUACACUGUGCCCUCCAAUAAAGCAUCUUGUUGAA